AUGACCCGCCAGGCAGAAAAAUACGUGGGACGCUUAUGCGACAAAGUCGUGCUCAUCGUGGGAGGGACUUCAGGCAUUGGCUACGCUGUCGCAGAGGCCGCACUGGAACACAAUGCAAUUGUGAUUGUCGCUGGAUCCAAGCCAGACAAACUGGAGCAGGCCAUUGCCAAACUCAAACUUUCAUAUCCAUCGCAAACCUCCAAAACGCGACUGAGGGGGAUUACCAUUGACCUCGCCGACGCCGAGAACCUGGAAGAAAAUGUGCAAUCUCUGCUACGAUUCGCCGCCAACGGGGCGAGGAUAAACCAUGUUAUUAUCACCGCCGCAGACAUGAUGCCUCCGCCUCCGCCGUUGUCUGAAAUCACCGUUCACAGUGUCGAGCGAUCAGGCCGCAUCCGCUAUACGGCACCAUUGAUCAUCGCCAAAUAUCUCCCUCAGUACAUGAACCAAGUUUCGGAAAAUUCUCUCACUCUGACGAGCGGCGCUCACGGCCAUAAACCUGAUCCGGGCUGGUCUGCCAUUACUGGCUACAUUGGAGCGGUUGAAACGAUGAUGAAGGCUUUGGCCGUCGAUCUGAAACCCCUCCGUGUGAAUGUUGUUUCUCCAGGGGCGAUUAUAACCGAGGUCGUGCGGGAAAUGUUAGGCCCGCACUACGACAUGGCCAUUCAAAUGGCGAAAGACAAGUCCUUGGUGGGUAGUGCCGGCACUCCGGAGAGUGUAGCUCAGGCGUACCUGUAUCUUAUGAAGGACCAAUUCGUCACUGGAACCGUGCUGGAGACUAAUGGGGGCUUGCUGUUGGCCUGA